GUGAGUGACAUUGGACCCCAUUGACCAGCCAUGUCCCAAACAUCGCAGUGGAUUCUCCAGCUGUAGCAUUCGGACUAUAAGGCUCUCAUCAUGAGGCCAAGGCUGAUUCUGCUGGCACUGACGCUGCUUCAUACAACGUGCCACUCACAAGAGUCCUGUGAGAACCGUUGUGAGAAUGGCUUUGAUGCUCAGAAGACUUGCCAGUGUGACACCAUGUGUCGAUACUACCAGAGUUGCUGCUCGGAUUACGAGACCGCCUGCCGUAUGCACAUACGUGGAGACACAUUUGUGUUUGCUGAGGAUGACGAUGAGCAGAUGAGCCCCACCAAGGCCACAGGUGGAGGCCGGUCACAAGGGAGGCUGUCAGACCCCUCCACCACUGCCAUGACUGCCACAGAUGCAGGGACAAGAGCAGGGAGCACAGCAGAGCUGAGGCCAAAACCAUCCAUCGCUACACGCAUCCCCCUUGAGGGCCCAACAGAGGUUGCUCCAAGUAAAACAGAUGUUCCAAAUACCGAUGAGUCAGAUACUGCCGAUGCGCUGAUUACUGAUGUGCUACGCACCACUGAUGUUUCAAGCGCCACUGCUGUGGCAAUUACUGCUGAUGUGCCACGUAUCACCAAUGUUUCCAGUGCUACUGUUAUGCCAAUCACGGCUGAUGUGCCACGUGCCACUGAUGUUCCAAGUGCGACUGUUUUGCCAAUCACUGCCGAUGUGCUACAUACCACCCAUGUUUCAAGUGCUACUGUUAUGCCAAUCACCGCUGAUGUACUUAAGGUCACUGAUCCCAAGCCAACACAGCCUCCAGAUCCAGAUGCGGAUGCUUGCAGCGGUAGACCCUUUGAUGCCUUCCUGCAACUCAAGAAUGGCACACUCUUUGCAUUCAGAGGUAUCUACUUCUUUGGCCUGGAUGACAAAUCAGUGCUGCCAGGUUACCCCAGACUCAUCAAGGAUGUCUGGGGAAUAUCUGGGCCCAUCGAUGCUGCCUUCACCCGAAUCAACUGCCAGGGCAAAACAUACUUCUUCAAGGGAAAUAAAUAUUGGAGAUUUGAAGAUGAGGUGCUGGAUGAGGACUAUCCGCGAGACAUCAGUGUGGGCUUCGAAAAGGUCCCUGAUGAUUUGGAUGCGGCCUUCUCUGCUCCUGCCCAUGGCCACCAUGGCAAAGAGAAAGUCUACUUUUUCAAAGGAGAUCAGUAUUACCAGUAUGAGUUCAAACAUCAGCCAACUCACGAGGAAUGCAUACAGAUGUCCUUAAGAUCACCCUCUAUGCCUUUUCUUCAUUAUACCAACAUGUACUAUCAGAGCUGGGAGGAGUUUUACAACAUCAUCUUUGGAGGAUUCCCAGGGCACCAUCAUGGGCCUCACUUCAUUAACAAGGACUGGAAAGGACUCAAAGCCCCGAUUGAUGCUGUGAUGGCGGGGAGGCUCUACGUCAUUCCACGACCCCCGCCAAGGCAGGACCAGAACAGAAACAACCAGCAGCAGUGGGAUCAUGGUUGGGGCCAGCAGUGGAGCUCCCGGCGCAGGCAGAACCGCUCUCCACAGUGGCCCGGCUCCAGUCAGUGGGGGGUGAACAUUGGGCGAGAGUUCGCCGAACGCGGGAUGAACGUAGGCCGGGAGUUCGCCGAGCGUGGGAUGAACAUCGGGAGGGAGUUCAUGGGGACGAGGAGCCGUGACGACCGCCUGCGAGACGUGGAGGAUCGCUGGCGAGACGAGCAGGACCGACGGCGAGAUGAAGAGGAGCGGCUGAGGGACAGGUGGAGAGAUGAGAACAGGAGGCGAUACGACUACGAUUACAGAUUCGACCCACAGGAUGACUUCCUCUUAGACAGGGUGCGGAAGAGUCAGCCGGUACAAAGCGUGUACUUUUUCAAAGGAGACAAAUACUACAGGGUGGAUCUGCAAUCUAAACGAGUUGACCCAGCAAGUCCUCCAUACCCAAGGUCCAUCGGCAAAUACUGGCUUGGGUGUAAGGAGAAACCUGGGGCAGAGAGGAAGUGAGCCCAAAGGGGGAUGGUCACUAGCCUACACAAAGACUGUCUUAAUAACCCUUCACUGAGAGCACAAAUAGGAAUCCUUGAUAUAAUGUGGCACACGACUGUUAAAAUUGUUUAUCAAAUAUGAACCAUUGGGUGACAAACAUGGUUAUGGAUGGUCGUAUGACUUUAGUUCUUUCUGAACUGUUGAGUUUUCUGUUAUUGCCUGCUUGGCUUUCAAUGGUUGAUCCUCACUACAGGAUAAACCUGUGUCUCUGUUAUUAUCCCUUACCUACUUCAUAAUACACUGGAACAAAGUCAAUGUGCUUGCAGUCCUUACAGUAAA